UCUAUGAAAGCUGAGCACGGCUCAGAGUGUGCAGUGGUUACCAGAUACAAAUGGUAGAGCAGGGAUGUUGUUGAAGUACCUGCUGCUGUGAGCACCUCCCGUUCCUUGGGAGCAGGGGGCCAGGACAGCGGUUCGAUUAGAACAGAAGGGAAGGGUUUGGAGCGAUGAAGGAAACGUUGUGGUCGCACAGAGAGAUUUUGGUGGGCAGCAGCGGCGUUUUCCGCAGCCCUCGCCCGGCUUCGCCCUUACAAGAAGCUCUGUGGAGUUUCCUGAUGAUUUAAAGGAACCGGGCGAGCAGCGAAAGUGAAAAUCGCUCGAUCCCAGCGCCGGUGCCGUGCGAGCCCUGGCUGUCACUGCACGGAGCUCGCACCGCUUCGGGGGCCGAUGGCGGAGCGCGGCGGGCCGGGCCGGCGGGAGAGUCAUGAAGAAGAUGACAGGAAGGUAAGGAGGAGAGAAAAAAACCGAGUGGCUGCACAGAGGAGCCGGAAGAAGCAAACUCAGAAAGCAGAUAAACUUCAUGAGGAAUAUGAGUCUCUUGAGCAAGAAAAUACCUCUCUGAAAAGAGAAAUCGGCAAGCUAACAGAUGAAAUGAAACACUUGAGUGAAGUGUUGAAGGACCAUGAGAAGAUCUGUCCACUAUUGCACUGCACCAUGAACUUUGUGACCAUACCAAGGCCCGAUGCACUCACCAGCUGCCUGCCGAGAUGAAAGCCUUUAAAUGGGAUGUGUGAAAGUGCCACUAAUGGGAGAUUUGAAGAACUGCCUACUUAUGGCACAGGUCUUCCAUCGAAGGGGCUGGGGGCUGGGCUCUACCAAACAUCUCUUUUCCAUGUUGAAAUGUUAUAGCCUUCUGAAUCUCAGGAAAACACCAGUGUGGAUAAAAGACAAUUUGAACUGUGACGUCUUAUUUGGUAGGAUCUUUGAGCCAUGGUUUUGCAUCCAGACGUGUCAGAGUGGUAAAGUCCACCAUUGCACAGUGGAAUGGAGACAGGGAAAAGUGCUCCCCCUGGGCUGGCAUGCCUUUCUCCCACAUGUUCACUGCCAGUAACCCUUUAUCACUUGUCACCCAUGUGUAUCAUGUUCUGGCUGCUGUUUUUUCUUUCCUCUGAACGGUUUUGGUUAAUAAAAGCGAUGUCCUAUCUUU